CAGCCCGCCGCAUGACUACAGUUCGAGAGACUCACCGCUAUAUACCGAACGACCACACACGAGAGAUAGAUAGAGAGAGAGAGAGAGAGAGAAAGAGAGACAGCUCGACGUUGACUCGAAUCACUGGAGUUGCAGGAUUUUUAUUAUUCCAUAACUUUGUGCCGAGAUCAUACAGUGCAUCGACGCGAUAGUAUACAUUUAUACGGAGAAGAUCAACGAUAGCCACGAGUGUGCAAGGGAAGAAAAGUUGAGAGAGUUUCCUUCGGUAUAGAUAGGAAGGAGAAAAGGGAGACUGGUGUGAAUAGAGUCUGAGGGACGACGACGUGCUGUGUAACAACUAGCCCGUCGAUCAGCUCUCAGCCCCCAAAACAUUCGUGAUUGAGCCGUUAAUCGCCAAUACCGACUGUGAGAAAGCAACCGGCGAGCAGCUGCAGCCGCCGAUCGCUUUGUACACCGAGGAAGAGAAUCGUUACGAGAGACUGAAGAGAAUGAGCCGAUACGCAGCGAGUGCCUUGGCCGUGGCCGGGAUCGUGCUCUGUGUCGUCCUGCUGGUCCAGGUCACCGAGGCCAGACCUUCUGCCUUACUCAGUCGGCCGAAGCGAGUGUCGGACCAGCGCCUGGCCGAGCUCGAGACCCUGAUAGCCCUGCAGAAAAUGCGCGGCAAGCUCGUGACGGUGCCCAUUGGUUUCGGCAAAGUGGAUCCCAUGAAAAUAGGCCGCAAGCGUAGAUCAAGUACCGAGACCAGCUGGCAGGAGCUCAACCGUAUCCUCAGAUCCAUCGUCGAGGAGGACGCAGAACUCAGCCCCAAUGACCGCAUUCGAUUCGCCAGGCUCUUUUCCUCUCGAUGGGACGAAGUACGAAAUCAAGACGACACCCCGACUGCGAACGAUCGAGGCGAGGACGGCGCCCUGUACUAAGUGGUCAGAUCCACCCCUUGAUAGAAAACAAAAAUGCAAAUCAAAAGUAUUCCUAUGAAACUACAGGGGCGGACUCGUCUCGCGGAGAGCCUCAGCCUCGCAUCGCCGACCGAACAGUAUUAGAGUAACGAGUUCGAGGGAACGGGGGAGGGGUAAUUUAGAACGUGAAUUCGUUCUUUUUUUCUUAGUUAAUUGCCGAGUAUUCCAGAGCGCCAGCAUGUGUGCGAUGUGUGCACGCGCGUGUAUGUGUAAGUGUGUUUAUCCCUUAUAUUGUGUCCGCGGGACAUUCAAUUAGGAUUAUGUCACAUUGCGCGAGUGACUAUGUAGCCUAUUUAUUUAUUUAUUUCGUAUUUUCUUUUUUGACUUAUACGUAUUAGCAGGAAAAAGAGAGUAUCCUCGCACAUGCCAUAUGUAACUGAAAAAGUAUUCGGUGCUUCUGAAUAAGGUAUUAUUAUGAGCCCGGGAGGCGUCUUAUUAUAUUUUUUUUCUUCCUCCUUGUUACAUUAUAUAUGUUUACUUGCGGACAAGAUUUGUCGUACCGAAAAUGUAUUUCGAAAGUCUGAAUUUUUUUACUUUUUGAAGAGGAGGAGAAAAAGUAUAGCCAAUUUUAUGUAUAUACGUAUAUAUUGCAGUCCCGCCACAUUAUAUAUAUAUAUAUAUAUAUAUAUAUAUAUAUAUAUAUAUUCAUCAGCUGGAUUAUAUCAAUGUGCUAGCUAUUAAUAUGCCUGAAAACAGUAUUCGAGCGGAUGUGCCAUUUAACGCACCCUUUUUAGCUAAUUUGUUUUUCUCUUUACAAUUGUAUUUUAUUUAUUUAGGUCAUUUUUUUUAUUUACUUAGUUAAUUUAUUUAUGUACGAGGGAGUUAACCCGUUCUCCCUCACAUAUUAGCUAGACAAUUUUUUGCGUAUAUCUUAAUGAUUUCUUUUGUAUUAUUGACGACGACUCUGGAAUUCGAUAAUUUAUUGCGAUAUACAGCGGCGGCAGUCUUGGGUGGGCCGAUGUGGGGAAUGUAAUAAUAACGAGAGAUAUGAUAAUAUACGGAUAUAUAACGAUCACGUGCAAAGUUAAUAAACUAAUGUUUCUCAUCGAUGUGAAAUCUCACGUAUAAUAUACAUAUACCUAUAUUUAUGUGGAAUAUGAAGAUACGCGAUGCAUAAUACGCAACAACAAUAUAUAUACAACAUACAAUAGGAUCCGAUAUUUUCAUGUCUGAUAUGUAAUAAUCCGGAGAGGAUCCGAGACUUUUAGAAAUCUCAAUUUUAAGGUGUAAAUCGUAAACGCGGCGAGAGCAACCGUACUUUGAUAAAACCGUGCAAGGGCUUGUUUACUUACUGUACGCAGAUAUAUAGUCAAUUAUAAUUUAUUUUUUUAUCUCGAUCGAUAUGAUGGAUUCUGUCAAUUCUUUGCGUAGGACGCGAUUUUUCCAGCGAAAGUAUACGAUAUACAUCGGUUGACAUUAUACGUACAUACACAUUAUAUGAUUGCAUUACGAGCGAAACGUUGGUAAUAAUGUUAUUUUUCUAAAUGUCCGGCUCUUUGUGAUCGAUCACACGUCGAUGCGUGCAUAUGCUUAUGAGAGAUGUGUGGAUUGGAAAAUCCCAAAGAGCCAAAAAACGCCGCCGAAGUAUUCGAUUCCGCAACGAGAGCAUGUUUGAUCGUUGCGAUGUAUGGAAAACAUGUGCGCGUGGCGAAGCGAUGAUUUGUAAUUAAAUGACAACAAUGUUCGACAAACGAUAUGUGCUGUAAACACACACGACACGCCAUGUCCACGAGUAUACGGGAUGGUGAUGCAUGGGUACCUACCUAAAAAACAGUAAAAUAAAAAUUGUCAUGAACAUCCACUACAAAAUAUA